AUGGCUUCCAAGUUCCUGAGAGAAUACAAACUGGUGGUAGUUGGUGGUGGUGGCGUCGGAAAGUCCUGCUUGACCAUCCAAUUGAUUCAGAGCCAUUUCGUCGAUGAAUAUGAUCCAACAAUUGAAGACUCCUACCGCAAGCAGUGCGUCAUCGACGAUGAAGUCGCGUUGUUGGAUGUCCUCGAUACGGCCGGCCAGGAGGAAUACUCCGCAAUGCGGGAACAAUACAUGCGCACCGGCGAAGGCUUUCUACUCGUCUACUCGAUAACGUCGCGUCAGUCCUUUGAAGAAAUCAUGACCUUCCAACAACAGAUCCUCCGCGUCAAGGACAAGGACUACUUCCCCAUCAUCGUCGUGGGUAACAAAUGUGAUCUGGAAAAGGAGCGGGUGGUUACCGAGCAGGAGGGCGAAGCGCUCGCCCGCCAGUUCGGCUGCAAAUUCAUCGAAACCUCGGCCAAGUCCCGCAUCAACGUCGAAAACGCCUUCUACGACCUUGUCCGCGAGAUUCGCCGCUACAACAAGGAAAUGUCCUCCUACCCCUCUGGCUCCGGGGCAUUCGGCUCCCGCGCCCCCGAAGGCAAGAUGGACGUCAGCGAACCCGGCGACAACGCCGGCUGCUGCGGCAAGUGUAUUGUGAUGUAA